UUCCGCGUCUGUUUGGCACCCCUCGAAUCGUCGGUUCCGCCGGGUGUCUGGCGCCCUUUUUCCAGGGCCGCGGCACCGGGCUGUGAGGGGAUGGCGGGCGCCAGUCAGCACUUCCCGGAGGCCGGGCUGGGAGCCGGGUUGGUGGCGCGCUUCCGCGUCCUGGGCACACUGGUCAAGUUCGGGAGCCGGUGGUCUCAAAUCCCAUCCCCCUCAGAGGUCAAGGAUUCUGCCUUCCAUAUGAAUGAUAUUCAUACUCAAGACAGGCUAUUAUAAACAACAGUUGGGCAGUGUCUUAUUAAGGUUCAGCUGCCUAUGUAUCUUUCCUGAUUCCUAAAACCUGACCACAUUUUCCCAGCUACUGGGUUGAUAUCUAACCAUGCAGAGGAGAUCAAGGGGAAUUCAUGCCGGACUUAUUCUGCUCCUCUCUCAAAUCUUCCAUGUUGGGAUCAGCAAUAUUCCACCUGUCACCCUAGCAACUUUGGCUCUCAACAUCUGGCUCUUCUUGAAUCCUCUGAAACCGCUGUUUGAGUCCUGCCUUAGCGUGGAGAAGUGUUACCAGCAAAAAGACUGGCAGCGCUUACUGCUUUCUCCUCUUCACCACGCAGACGACUGGCAUUUGUAUUUCAAUAUGGCAUCCAUGCUAUGGAAAGGAAUAAACCUGGAAAGAAGACUAGGAAGUAGAUGGUUUGCCUACAUCAUUGUCACAUUCUCCGUACUCACUGGAGUGGUGUACCUGUUCUUGGAAUUUGCUCUUGCAGAAUCUAUGGGUGAACCUGGCUUCAGAAGGAACUGUGCCGUAGGUUUCUCAGGAGUUUUGUUUGCUUUGAAAGUUCUUAACAACCAUUAUUGCCCUGGAGGCUUUGCCAACGUUUUGGGCUUUCCUGUACCCAACAGAUUUGCUUGUUGGGCAGAACUUGUGGCUAUUCAUUUCAUCUCGCCAGGGACUUCCUUCGCCGGGCAUCUGGCCGGGAUUCUUGUUGGACUAAUGUACACUCAUGGGCCUCUGAAGAAAAUCAUGGAAAAAUGUGCAGGCAUUUCUUCCUCCAGUAUGCAUUAUCCUGGACAGCAGUACCCCUUUAACAGUUCAGGCUACUCCAGAUAUCAGGAUGAUUACCCAUAUGGCAGGCCAGGUUACUCUGAAGAUGUACCCAGGAACUAUGAUGCAUACACAGCAGGACUGAGUGAGGAGGAACAGCUGGAGAGAGCAUUAAGAGCCAGCCUCUGGGACCGAGGAGCCAGCGGGCCGAGCCCCCAGCCCUACGGGUUCCGUCUCUCCCCAGAAGAAGAAAUGAGAAGGCAGCGGCUUCGCAGAUUUGACCACCAGUGACGGGUCCAGCUGCCGGAUUAUUGCCCACUGGGUUCCUCCCCCGAGCCCCGAUUUACACGGAAGCGGGGCACUGCGUCCUCUGUCGUUGGCCUCAACUCGCCGUCCCGUGGCCCCGUGGGUCCCCACACACGGCUGCACUGACUUGCCCUGAAACCAGCCUUCUGGGUUCACCCCCAUGACAGCACAGUUCCCAGAGCUGUGACCUGUGUCCUGGAGCAGCCAGCAAAGCAGCGGCAGGUGCUAGAGGCGGAGGAAAGCAGAGUCGCUUGCUGGGCUGAGAAAUCCCUCCGAGGAGGUACUGGUUUCUCAUAAAAAGUGCCUUUUAAAGGACCACGGUAACAGCCACUUGUCCUGGCCGGGCGUCCAAGAUCCCCCAGGACCCCUGCAGCGGUAGUGCCCACAGGCUGUCCACGUCCCUCCUGGUGCUUGUGCUCCAUGAAUAAAAGGACAAAGUCAGGUAUCACUGCUAUCUUAUCGUCAUGGAGAUAUUUAUUUUUAAAGAGCGUUAGAAGCAGAAAAGGAUCCUCUUAUUUUCAUUUAUAUUCCUAGCAUUUAUAUAUAGUUUUCUGAUAAUGAAAGUAAUAUGUAUGCCUUCUGUAUGCACAAAGCAAACACCUGAAGGGAAUAUACCCUUAUGUUAGCAGAGGUGUUCUUUGCGGGUAGAGCACAUAGGAUUUUUGCUUUCUGGUUUUUUACAAUUUUAUAUUGAAGUCUUUUUUAAAUGUGUGUAUUUGUAUGUAUGUGUAUUGCUUUUGCAGUCAGGAAAACUGAUUCAUGUAAUAAUAAAGCAAGAACUAUAUAAUCAGGAAAAUACACUAUUUAAUAAGUACUAUGUCUCCACUGAGAAAUUCACAAUAUAAAAAAUACAAAUAAAUACAUGUACAAUAUUAAAAUCAACUAUAUUCUCACCACUUAUAGGUACCCAAGGUUAACAUUUUGGGGGCAUGACUCUCAGUUUUUCUUUGUACACGUUGGACACACUUGGAGCAUACCACCCAUGCGGUUUGGUAUCCACUUCCUCAUCUGAAUUGAUCCGGGAGACGCUCUGAUGCCUGCAUCCAAAUGAGCUAAGAAAACCCUCAGGUCCUGGGGGCAUUCUGACCCGCAGGAGGAUACCUGGGCUCCGCAGGGUCAUUUAUAAUCCGUGUGAAGCUGCGUACUGCUUGUUUAUAAUAUGAGUCAUGUCUCUGAGUCUGGCAGCCUUACAACGUUAAAAUCUUCAAGUUACAGUCAUUUCUCUCGCUCCCAAACUCUACGGAUUUGCCUCCCGUUCCCCCGAUUCUUACACCAUCUUCUCCUGGCACAUCGUAAAGGUAAUUCUGUGAUAGCACUGACGUCUUGCCCUGUUACUGUUUAUGCACGACUACACGAAAGUGAGCCUUCUGCACCGGGAGUGUGGACUGUGAAUGGCUCGGGGACAAGGACUGUGUCUUAUCUUUCCGCACUGUCCCUCUCUCCCCUGCCACCACCCAAAGGCUGGCCCUGGCUCCUGGGGGCACUCCCUGAAUGUUUUCCCACCAAGCUGUUCUUUCUGUGACAUUCAAGUCCAACCACUGUAUCUGUAAGUAGUUUUCUUAACGGCUGUGGAGUCCAGUAAUAGUAGCUCCUUGCUCUGUUCCUAUACAAAUAGAUAGAGGACACCAGAAUUGGAUUUUGUGUGGUAUAAAUGACAAAACAUGCACACCUUUAUUUAUGGAGCGGAACAUCACUCAACUUCAGAGAUGUGGGAAAGGUCAUCUUAGUUAUAAAUACAAACCAAGUAUCUUAGCACAGCAACGAACAUGUUUUAGAAAUCAUUGUAAUUACUUUGUUGUUGAUAGACUGGCCUGUGACCAAUGCUUAUUAUUUUCAGUGUCCAUCUUAUUUUUUUUUUCCUGCAAUAAGGAAUCCCCAAAGGUAUGUCAACAAUCUGGAAUUGGAUUGACAAAGACAAAAGCAAGUGUGUUAGACGAAUUACCUCUAGAAGAGAAUCAGCAUUUAGGGCUGUUUUAAAAUUUGGUUGGUAGUUUGGUUAAUAGCAGUUUCCUGACUGUUAAGCAUCCAGUCGCCAUACUUUGGUUGUGGUCAGCCCACUUAGGAGACCUCUCAAUCCAGCAUCUUUCUGAAGAUGAGGGAAUGGUUACGGUGGCUUCCUUAUAAGGACCUCGAGUGCACUGCCCGUGAUUCCAAAGUCCUCCCUUGCUAUUCGAGCCCCCUCCAUCUUCUGAAGCCGGGUGCUGCCGAGGCAUAGGCCCACAGUGAGUGGCCGGGUCUGGUGGGAGCAGGGCCAGCCUACAUAUCUGACACCCGUUCUGCCACUGGGGGAGCGGAUAUAGAAGCCAUGAGACCCGCCAUCCAGAACAGCCCGUAAGACAGACAGGGUGUGGCAGCACUGGCCUCCUCGUUCCCAGGCUUCAUAUCUCUUGAGAGGUUCAGGAUUCAGUAAAGAAUUGUAUUCAGUUGGUCAUUUUUAUCAAGGCUUGUAUGUACAGCUCUUCCUUUCCUUCCGGUGGGGUAUGGCAGCCCUUUCCUGGGUUAUGGCUUUGGUUUUGGCUUCGCCCCACUCAUGCAUUUUAGAACCACAGACUCCACUUACGGGACCUUAACGUCUCCCAAUUCAUUGCUCUACUCGACACUUAAAAUCUCUCUUCACUCAGCUCUGCCAACUCAUCCUCCAAAGUUAACUCUCGUGCUGAGCACUCGUCACCUCCGGACCCUUUACUGUCUCUGCUGCCAAAGCAUGAAGGUCAGACUCAACAGCCUCUGCCAUGGGGCUCCGGCCAAGCUUUCGACCUCAUUCCCCGUUAUCCGUAACAGUCUGCGCUGUUCACGGGUCUCCCCGUCUAAGGCAUGAGCUUUCCUGACCCUGUGACUUGACUGUGACGUGCUUUUAUGUGGGACAGUCUUUUCCUCUCUCUCAGCCCAUCCGGACCCUCCCCAUCCUGCCUCCAGAUACCACAGCCCAGAAUGAUCUACUGCUCUUGUUGGCUGUUGGUCGUAGUUUCCACAGCCUCUUGGAAUUGCUCGGUAUCGUGCAAUGAGAUUGUAAGCUUCAUGAGGCAGGGACCAUGACUGUUUCUGUGUAUCUCCUCACAGUACCUUGAACAGUGCUCUGUCUGGAAUGUCAGAACCAAUAAAUGCCUAUGGAUUGAAACAGAGAGAAGCUAAUUUAUACCAUCACCA